CACCAGCAAUCAUUUUUUUGGCAUUAGAAUAUAAGGAAAUGGUCUCUUGAAAGGUUAAACUUGGUUUCAACAUUCCUGAUUCCACGCAGUAACCCAGUAAACCGACCUUUCUUCCCCACUUAUUUAAGUCCCCUUCAUUGGCUUUCUCAGCUCCCAAACCAAACCCUUCUCGUAUAAACCCUUUACUGCCAAACCCUUUUCUGGAAACUCUGGGUAUCUUCCUCUUCUUCACAUUUCAUUGGACAGCUCGAUCAAAGUUUCCAUUUUGAGAGUGAGGUUACUGGUUUUUGGUUCUUCUUGAAGCUGCCAGUGGGGAAAGCCUGUUGUUUUUUGCAGAUCCAAAAUGGGGAAGCCAGUUCUGCUCCACUCGUUACUACUCUCCGGACUGCUUCUGCUGGCAGUUUUGGAUGUUUCAUUGGUGAAUGCAGACGACCCAUAUCGUUUCUACACUUGGACUGUCACUUAUGGCACCAUUUCUCCUCUUGGAGCUCCUCAACAGGUGAUUCUCAUCAAUGGGCAGUUCCCUGGUCCUCAGCUGGAUGUGGUCACUAAUGACAACCUUGUCCUUAAUCUCAUCAACAAGCUUGAUGUGCCUUUCCUUUUGACCUGGAAUGGGAUUAAGCAAAGGAAGAAUUCAUGGCAAGAUGGAGUUCUGGGAACGAAUUGCCCAAUCCCUCCUGGCUCCAACUACACCUACAAUUUCCAACCAAAAGAUCAGAUUGGGUCCUUCAACUAUUUCCCAUCUACUGGUUUCCACAGAGCAGCUGGUGGUUAUGGAGCCAUCAAUGUGUACCAGAGGCCCAGAAUCCCAAUUCCUUAUGCUACUCCAGAUGGAGAUUUCACUCUGUUAGUUGGUGACUGGUACAAGACUGACCACAAGGCAUUACAGGCUUCUCUGGAUUCAGGCAAUUCUCUACCUUUACCAGAUGGUGUCCUUAUAAAUGGCCAUACCCAAGCCACCUUCAGUGGUGAUCAAGGCAAAACCUACAAGUUCAGGGUCUCUAAUGUAGGAUUAAAGAAUACCUUGAACUUCAGGAUUCAAGGCCACACAAUGAAGCUGAUCGAGGUUGAAGGUUCUCAUGUUGUUCAGAACAUUUAUGACUCUCUGGAUGUGCAUGUUGGCCAAUCUGUCAAUGUCUUAGUGACACUGAAUCAAGCUCCCAAGGAUUACUACAUCGUUGCAUCGACUCGUUUCACACCGAAAUUGCUUGUGGCUUCUGGUGUUCUGCACUACACCAACUCCCAAACUCCUGUCUCUGGACCACUUCCUGCUGAACCAAGUUACCAGCUUGAUGGCUCCAUGGAGCAAGCCAGAACAUACAGGUGGAACUUGACAGCAAAUGCAGCCAGGCCAAAUCCUCAGGGCUCUUUCCACUAUGGAACGAUUACAACUACAAAGACAAUCAUAUUGUCGAACUCAGCACCUUUGAUUAACGGGAAGCAACGCUACGCAGUUAACGGGGCCUCAUAUGUCAAUGCCGAUACUCCAUUGAAGCUUGCUGACUACUUCAACAUCCCUGGAGUUUUCAGCACUAGCUCACUCCAAACCGUGCCUAGUGGUGGUGCUGCAACUGUUGCCACUUCUGUCAUCCCAACUUCUCUCCAUGAUUUCAUUGAAGUUGUGUUCCAGAACGACGAGAACACAAUGCAAUCAUGGCAUCUUGAUGGAUACGACUUCUGGGUUGUCGGCUUUGGUUCUGGUCAAUGGGCACCAGCUAAGAGAAGCACUUACAACCUUGUUGAUGCUCUCACCAGACACACCACUCAGGUGUAUCCAAACUCAUGGACAGCCAUAUUGGUGUCAUUGGACAACCAAGGGAUGUGGAACAUGAGGUCUGCUAUAUGGGAGAGGCAAUACCUUGGACAGCAGUUCUAUCUCAGGGUUUGGUCUCCGGUUCAAAGCCUUGCCAAUGAAUACUUCAUUCCCACCAAUGCUCUCCUUUGCGGCAAAGCUGUUGGGAAGAGUCAUUAAAGUGACUGCAGUAGAAAGGAAAUCAUUGCUAUUGUCUGGUGUUCUUCUUGGUCAUGAGAGGAUGGCUAUCAAUGACAAAGACAACGCGGUGGAAAAGAGUGAGAUAGAGAGCACAUUUGAUUCAUUGACAGCGUUGUUGUACACCGCAGUUAGAGCUUGGUUCUUAUGUAUGAUUGAUUCUUUCACUUUAAGCUUCCAUUAACACUUUAUUCGUAUGAGGAAUAUAUAGAGCAUGAUUACAUAUAAUAACUAAUUAUGGAAAUAUGAUCGGAGUGUGCUUUGAGAAUCCAAUUUUUCUAAAAGAAACAUUAUUCGGCUUAUACCCUUUGUUGUCUGAGAAGGCCAGAAAUGAUGAACAGGUUAACAAUUGGAAGAGCGAAAGAACACUGACAACCUUACAAUAGAAAAUGUUGAAAGUAUGAGAGAUCAAUUCAAAGAGUGAUUUGGAUUUAGAUUGAUAAUUUUUUUUUUAUAUUUCUGAGU